UGCUUCAAAAUCUCCCAGUGACGUCUUAUUUUAAGCGCCCACCUUUCAUUUAUAGAAAUUGCCCCUGACAAUAAAGCCAUAGGCUAGUCGCUAAAACCCAGUCAGGUGCCUGAGGUCGCCACACAUUGACACGAUGAUGAGAAUGCAACGUUUACCAAAAUUUCAGUCAGAUAGUCUUCUUGUCUAUUCAAUUCUUUAUUCUUUAUGCAAGCGAAUUUGACUAUAACCAUCGACAGAAAAUGGCUUCAUACGGGUAUGUCGAUCAUUUCUCUGUUAUACUCUCGAGCACUGUCUUUGCACAGUAUUGGCAUGCAGGAUCAUCUCAUAGUAACCGAUUUCUUUUGUAAUUUUGAAUAAAUGACGCGUUAUUUUUAUAUAAUGUUUGUUUAUAUUUCGUUUCGCAGCACUGUGGAUAAGUUUGAACAUUGGCGCGCGAGUAUUGAUCGAUAUCGUUAAAGCACCAGUCGUUGUCAUAUCGCUCCAUCAGCAUCAAUGACAUGCCUCGUGCGACGUGAUCCACGCUCUGAAAACGACUAUUUUCUUAUCGUUUAUGAUAUUUUUACACGAUUUUGGAAAGCCAAGUGUUUGGUUCCAAGAAGAAAACGCGAUGGAAAUAUAAAAACCCUGCAAUAUCACAUUAGGGACAUACGGGUAGCUCUGCGUUUUGCGCUUUCCCUCAUCGUUUCGCGCUUUUAGUAAUUAUGAGCAACUGGGGGAAACUCGAGAAAGUCGAGUGUUAAUAAUGAUCGACGCACCAUCUUAACGCACGGGCUCUUCAUUUACCCAUAACUCGCGCGCCGCGAUAGCGCCAAACCGGAGAUUUCCAGCGGUGCCUUAGAAAUGAAAGAUGAUGGAGGCAGACAACGAGAGCUGGGUUUCUCUCUCUGAAAACGGAAGCGCACAUUUGAAUGCCUCGAACCUGGGUUUCCUAAACGCGUCACCCGCCGUGGGUCCGUGGGGUGAUGAUCAGGAUAAAGAGGUGACACGACUGGAGGAGAUCCUGCACGCGCAGGAGACAGCAUACAAACAUUUCACCAUUACCAUUCAAGCUUUCAUUCUGAUCGGCUCCCUGUUAGGCAAUGCAGCAGUGCUAUGGUGCACCUGUUACACAAAUGUUUUCAAGUCAGUCACAAACCUUUUCAUCAAAAACCUGGCUUGUUCUGGCAUAUGUGCCGGGUUGGUGUGCGUGCCCUUCGACAUAGCUCUUAGUGCCAGCCCCCUGUGCUGCCUGUGGUUCCACACCCUGCUUCUCUGCAAGGCCGUCAAAUUUCUACACAGGCUUUUCUGCUCUGUCACUGUGCUGAACUUCGCUGUCAUCGCUCUGGACAGGUACUACUCUGUGUUAUAUCCACUGGAGAGAAAGAUAUCAGAUGCCAAAUCUAGGGAUCUGGUCAUCUAUAUAUGGGCACAUGCAGUCGUUGCCAGCGUUCCUGUAUUUGCCGUCAGCAGUGUGACCGAUAUCUACGCCACCUCCUCUUGUUCUGACAGCCAAACUCUGGGACAUCUGGUUUACAUGAUCACCUACAACAUCACCACACUUAUUUUACCACUAUCGGUGGUGUUUCUAGCCAUGGUCUUAAUUCGUCGCGCAUUAAGCACCAGCCAGAAGAAGAAAGUAAUUAUAGCUGCUUUGCGAACUCCUCAAAACAGCAUUUCAAUCCCGUAUGUUUCUCAGCGUGAGGCUGAACUCCAUAUCACUCUGUUGUCCAUCGUGCUUGUAUUUGCACUCUGUAGCGCCCCCUACGCUGCUCUGGUGGUAUAUCGUGCUGUGUUGGGGGCCGCAAAAGCCUCAUCUUGGUUACAGCUGACUGCACUGUGGCUGCCAAAGGUCUCUCUCCUCACCAACCCACUGUUUCUCCUAACAGUGAAUCGCUCUGUCCGCCGCUGUCUUCUUGACAUGCUAGCACGUCUGCACCGCCGUUACAGUCGAAGGAACAUGGUCAGUGUCGGCGGGCUGGUUGAAGUGGGUGCACUUGGGGGCGAAACUGUAGCUCGCUCUGGAAGCCAGCUUCUGGAGAUGUUCAAUAUCGGCCAACAGCAGAUCUUUAGACCAAAUGAGGAUGAAGAAGAUGAAAAUGAAAUUUCCUCAGUGGUCAGUGCCAACUUUCAACCCAAAGAUGAAGUACAGAGCAGGACGGGCGGGCCUGCCGGAGAGUUGCGUAAACAGCAAUCUGUGGAUGGAGUUCGUGAGGAGGGUUUGACGUUACCAAAACAUUCCCCUAUUCAUUCUUGUGCCUACUCCUCUUCGCAGGUCGCCCCUGCGACACCUACAGAUCCGGACGAUACGACCCAGUUUGGUUUUGGGCCGUUUGAGCUGCCCCCACAAUGGCUGCCUGAAACCAGAAACAGCAAGAAGAGACUACUGCCCCCUUUGGGUAACACACCAGAGGAGCUGAUACAGACAAAGCAGCCCAGAGUGAAACCCGAAAGACGCAUCAGCAGAAACAAUAAAGUUAGUACCUUCCCUAAUGUUGAUCCAUGAAACACAGACAAUGGACAUGAUGAAUAUUUUGUUCGAGCAAAUCAUGAAAAGCCAAGAAUAAACACUGUCUCUGUUUUAUACUUCAAGUUAUUUUGAGAUAUUUUUGGCUACAGAUAAACGGUAGGGGAUAUUUACUUGCUUUUAACACUUGGGGAUACUUAACUCUUUCCCCGCCAUUGACAAGUUAUCUCGUCAAUUAAGAGAAAACAUUUCCCUGCAAAUGACGCUUUCUUGAUGUUUUUACGGUAAUCUGUAAUUUAUAAAAAAUUGAAGCAAAAACUGAAGAUAAAUUUAAAAAUGUUUAAACUCUGUGUAUGUUUUGAUAAAAAUUAACAAUCUGAUCUCCAACAAAAUAUCUUUACAAAAAUGCAAAUUUUUUUCAGCUUUUUGCUUAAAAUUUGGUUAACCUACCCAAAUUUGAGAGGUUAUAGAAAGAGAACAAAUAAAGCUAGAAUGAAACGUUUUUUAUCCCCCCUGUUUUGUUUGUUUUAAAGCAGAGGGUCUGUUCUUUCAUUUGAUAUAUUUGUAUGUUUAUAUAUUUAUAGAAGAACAUUUUCCUGGAAGGCAUUUUGUGAAACUUUUGAGAAAAAGGCUGGCGGGGAAUGAGUUAUAGACUAGCAUAUAUUAAACUGACUGAAUAGGAAUCUAUCACAGGAAAAACAAAGGCAUGAAUUGUAUAACAUUCAUUAUGUUGCAAUAGUUAAUAAAUUUAAUCAUGAAAUUAA